AUGGGAGAAGAUGAAAAGGUUGCAGGCUAUGUGUCAAAGGUGGAGAAUCUCGUCCAUCUCCUGGAGGGUUGUGGUGAAACUCUAACUGAUAAGAUAAUAGUUGAGAAGGUAAUGUGUAUGUUGACAUCUCACUUUAAUCACGUUAUAAUAGCUAUUCAAGAAUCCAACAAUCUUGAAACCCAAAAACUGGAUGAUUUGGUUGGUUUGUUGGAGGCACAUGAGAUUAGGGUUGUCGAAAUACAAGCACUGCAGACUCAAUCAUGGAAGAAGCACGGUGGUUCUGAAAAAUUCAAAGGCAAAAGAGACAAGACUCAGAGCAAGAAGUCUUGGUCGAACCCUCAAAAGAAAGACAAGGGAGUGACAAAAGGCAAGGACGAAAGAGUGAACCUUGCACGUCAAGAUUCUAAUGAUUAUGAUGAUUUGGUGCUCAUGGUUGCAUCUGUAGAUGAGCAUGUUGAAUCCAAAAUCUUGUUCCUCGACUUAAGUUGGUCGAAUCACAUGACUGGUCGAAAAAUAUGGUUAGCAGAUUUCGACGAGUUAAAGAAGAGCAAGGUCAAAUUUACUAAUAAUAACUCAUUGCAAGAAAAAGGUAUUGGCAACAUAGUUAUUCAAACGAGUAAUGGAGCGAAAGCUAUGAUCAAAGAUGUACUAUAUGUACCUAAAAUAAAGUAUAAUCUGUUCAGUGUUGCACAUUUGGUCGAAAAAGGUUUCUCAAUAGUUAUGAAAGAUGGAGCCUUGGAACUGUUCAACACUCAGAAUAAUUUGGUCUUGAAAUCUCCUCUAUCGAAUAAUAGGACAUUUAAGACCAUUGUUAGUUCCAUGGUUUUGUGA